CCAAUGGGAGAUCGGAACUCGUUGCGAAUUGUCGCACACGUGCUCUCGUGACCGGAUGGUCGACAAAAGACGGCGAAAACGGACAAGUGUCGUCUCGAGGGACGCGACCUGUGUGUGUGUGAGAAGAUAUACGGCGCACCUGCUAAUCGAGCUCGAAGCGCGGACGACUCACGUGCUUUCAGCAUGCAAACUCGGUUAGAGAGCUGAUCAACGCUCGAUCCCUAUUUCGAGGUUCCAAAUGCCAAUAGCGGCGCCAUCGCGAACCCCGCUCUCGUUUCGAGCCCGCCUCGGUCGUUAAAAUACGGACGACGGAGACCGUGACAUCUGUCACGGUGACAGAUGUCAAACGGAGGAAAGGCGUCGCGCCGACGCUCCGUUCCGUCUUCCCGCAAGGCCCAUGGACGGAACGAGCCGUGCCAAGAGUGCUAAUUUCCCGAGGUCAUCCUUCAGUUGAGAGAAGUUAGCGAUUAGCGCAUCUCGGCGUUGAUCAUGUUCCCGUGCAAGCUCAACUUUUACAACAAUGUAAGCCGCGGUGUUUGUCACCUCUCGACGUUGGACUAUCGCCAUUCGUCCCUGCCCCCGGAAAGGUAGCACCAUUGAACUCUCCCAGUAUCCAAAGGGAGAAUGGGCUCAAGGGAAUCGCAGCAAUCGGUGCGUGCAGUCGCUCUGCAUCCUGUCUUUUGACUUAGAUUGACGACUAGAGAGAGAGAGGAAGAGAAAUGACCGUGACCUACACGGCCGAAGUCGCGACCUGCCGAGGUCUGGGAUGUUUCCUGAAGUUGUUGCUGAGGUGGAGAGCCAGCAUAUACAAAUUAGUGUGGCUCGACUUGGCCCUGUUCCUCUUCAUCUACUACGCCUUGUCGGGCGUUUAUCGGCUGACGUUGAACGACGAGCAGAAAAAAAUAUUCGAGGCUGUCGUGGCUUACUGUAACGAGUACAGCGACCUGAUACCGUUGUCCUUCGUGUUGGGCUUCUACGUUAGCAUCGUCAUGACGAGAUGGUGGAACCAAUACAUGGUGAUCCCCUGGCCAGACUCCAUCGCCGUUUUCGUGUCGGCCACCAUCCACGGCAACGACGAACGAGGAAGGCUGAUGCGACGAACAAUAGUGAGGUACGUCUGCGUCUGCCUGACCUUGGUGCUGACCAACGUGUCUCCUCGCGUUAAGAAGCGAUUCCCCACGCUGGACCACUUCGUCGAGGCUGGCCUGCUCCUGGAAAACGAGCUAAUCAUCUUCCAUAGCCUGAACUCGAAGUUCCCGAAGCCCAGCAAGCAUUGGCUGCCGAUAGUCUGGGCCUCCAGCAUCGUGACCCGCGCCAGGAAGGAGGGCCGAAUCCGCGACGACUUCGCGGUGAAGACCUUGAUAGACGAGCUGAACAAGUUCCGCGGCCUCUGCGGGAGUCUGAUACAUUACGAUACGAUCAGCGUCCCCUUGGUCUACACCCAGGUGGUGACCCUGGCCGUGUACACGUACUUUCUCACCAGCGUAAUGGGCAGGCAGUGGGUCCAGAACUCGUCCACCUCGAAGAUCGACCUCUACUUUCCGGUCUUCACCACUCUGCAGUUCUUUUUCUACAUGGGCUGGCUGAAGGUCGCCGAGACCCUGAUCAACCCCUUCGGCGAGGAUGACGACGACUUCGAGGUCAACUGGAUCAUCGACAGGAACCUACAAGUGAGCUACCUGAUCGUCGACGAGAUGCACCACGAACACCCGGAGCUCAUUCGAGACCAGUACUGGGACGAGGUCUUCCCCACGGAGUUACCCUACACGGCAGCGGCUCAGCCCUUCCGGGAGGAACAUCCGGUCCCGUCGACCGCGGGGAUUCAGCUCUCAGCGGCUCAGCAGGAACUGCAACCUUCCUCGGUCAGGAUCGAGGACCUCGCGCCGGAGUAUCAGCGGAAAUUCUCCAACGACGUGGGGGACGACGCGGCUUCUGGAAUCCACUUCACCGCGGAUUCGAAAUUAUCGAGGAGCACGAGCAGGGUCAGCAACAGGGACCGCACGUUGAGCGAUGGCUCCACUCCCAGCAAUAUCGGAGGCUCCUUGCCGAGAGUCAACAGCGUGACCAGCGUUCUACGUAGACUCUUUAGCAAGGAAGAUCGACCAGACGGCACGAAGACUCCCGGCAGGAUACCCAACUCCAGCUCGGCCGCCUCGCUACAGAACAAAAUCAGCGGGACCGGAGGAUCGAUGAGAAUCGGAGUGAUCGAGGAGGUGGACGAGCAGAUGACGAUGACGUCGAUGAGGCCGGAGAUCAGGCCCCAUGUGCAAAGCAUCUUCGGGACGGGUCCUCCACCUCCCAGUGCGCCCGUCAACGUGCCGAAUUCACACUUGACAGCCGAGACAGCCGUCAAUGCCGGGUCGGUCGCCUCUUCUAGGUCUCCGCCGAGGUGCAACCUGCUCUCCCGUAGCGCUCCCGCCGCCAGCGUGGCGCAUUCGCCGAGGAGGAGACUCUCUUCCAGGUCGCAGCCACGGGGGACGCAGUCGGAACGGUCCAGCGAGGCUUUCGAGGGGAACGCCGUGGCGCACAUCCUGGAGCCCGAUUGCAUUAGCAUUAAUAGCUCGAACUCUUCGGCGGGCUCGGAAGCGGACGAGUUCACGAAGCUGAAGAUCGAGCGGGAGCAGCAGCGGAAGAACCGCAUGUUGAGAAGACUGGCGAGUCGCGGAGGCGCGAGCGGAGCCACAGCAGGCGUAGUCACUGUGAAUCGUGCCGGUGGACACGCGAGGUCUUGCCCUCCGGAUAUUUCCAACACCGAACACCCCGAAGACCUAAUCAGGGAACUUGCUGAUGCCUCGCGAGUGUCGCUGAUGACCUACGAGGAUGUGGGGAAUAACGGCGAUUUCACCGCAUGAUGACUUAUUGGAGGACUUGGGGAUGCGUCGCGAUGCUCCGCGAUUUCCUUCUACGACGAAGGCGCAGAAAGUAACGGCGCUUUCACUGCCUGGGACAUCUUGGUGUAACGCCGUUGGUUAUGCCGAGUGCCGCUUUGAUGCUCGUCCUGUAAACAUUUUAUCGAUGUACGCUCGUCGUAUGGACGCACGUUCGAGUUGUGCCUCGUACGGUUAGGUGUACCAAGGUGGAAUUAAAUCACGCGGACCUAUUUUUUCCAAGAAAAUUAGGCGCCUAGAAUGUGUGUGGAGUUCUUCGGUGAGUUCAAAGUACUACUUGGGCAGACAGCUACGGUGUGAUUGGAAUUCUGGAUAUUUGAGGUUAGGUGUGAUCGAGACUCCGAGUGGUUGGAAUUCAUCUUCGAUGGAUCUCGCAGGAGGGUGGGAAGGUAGCUUAUGAAGAACAUGUGUGACGUACUUGGAAUCGUAGGUAGAUGAGUAUCUACGUUGUCGAGGUGUACAUGUGGAAGUCAGUGAUGUCACGGAACGUGCAACUUUAUUGGCGCUGAUGAUUCGUACUUUUGUAAGCUUCGUAGUUAGGCCUAGAAGCAAUAAUAAAAAUUAAGCGAUCGCUUUAAUUAGAGUACUACUUUCAUCGUCUGUAGGUAUACAGUUUUCCUUGUAAGUACGGAAUGUAUUUCGUAUCCAUUAGUACUUAUUCGAUUAAGAGACGGAUGCUUCCUAAUUGAAUCAAAUGUUGUUUAUCAAUUUAUUUUGAAAGAUUAAACCUCGAAUAACAGUCGUCAUUAAUUUAGAGGGAAAUUAAUAAUGAGUGUAGGUACAAUUGUAGAUUUUUAAUCGACAUUUGGUAGAAGACCAAUUAAUUUUUCAGGGUAAAAUUAAUAAUCAAUACGCGAUUAAACUACAGAAGCUUACUAUGCUUAUGUAUCUCGGUUAUAUCACCUUGAAUACCUUAAUAACGAAUUUCGACUAGACUAGGUAGUUGCAGUGAGAUUUAUCCAGUAUUAUUAGUCGCAUAAUACGGAGUGUACAGACGUUGGGAAUAUUUGUAUUAUACUCACCGUUUACUACCAUCGAUUAUCGUGAAUAUUUUGAUAAUCCUGUCUCGUUACCUCAGAACGUUACGGCCUAUUUGUUACUGUUUAAGGUAAAUAAAUUAAUUCAUUUUAAUAUUGCACAAAGAAAA